UGACGGUCACGUGACUAUAGCGGAAACACUGUUUUCUUAGGAACAACAAAAUACGGAGGAGAUACACGUUAAAAGCUGCCUAAACAUAUCAUUUUCUUUUCUUUAUCGCAUUUUACCGGCACAGUAAUGGACGGACCUGUGCGUGCAUCUUUAGACGCCUCCGCUGAGCCUCCUCCGUAUUUCAGAGGCAAUGAAGGCUCCCUGGUUUCAGCCCUAAAGACACUGCUGUUCUUCACUAUACUGAUGGUCACGCUGCCCAUUGGACUAUACUUCGUAUCAAAGGCAUACAUCUUUGAGGGUUCGAUGAAGAUGUCAAGCUCAGACAGCUACUUCUAUGCAGCCAUUGUUGCAGUGCUCGCAGUGCAUGUGGUUUUGGCAUUGUUUGUUUAUGUGGCCUGGAAUGAAGGCGCCCCUAAAGGCAAGGGCAAACAUGAUUAAGGCAUGCCCUUAUCAGCUACUGAGACCAGCGGAGAUGGACAGAUGCGGGCAGGGAUCCACAUCCCCCCUCUGAUGGGCAUCAACACUCACCACAGCACCAUCUUAAUACCAGAAAGUUGGGGUAUCUGGUUUGAGCUCAGGCUUUAACCCGAGGCCAUAGCAGGAAGUUACUGUAUUUUCUUUGGCAUGGAGGGGGGAAGGUGAUUGCGUUGUCUUGCCAGCCCAAACAGACCUGCUUUUUCAUCCUUUUCUUUUCUAUCUUCUCUGCAUAUGUUACUUUUGUCGACAAAAGACAGCUUCUAUUUCUUAAGAGGCUUUUUCUUGAGCUGCCAAGUGCUGUAAGUCCCUUCACAUGUGUCAUGUAGGAAAACAUCUUGGGUUCUGACUCUAUAAUGAAUAAUGUGUCCAUUUUGUAAGUUAGAAUCCAGAAUGCAAAGCUGUCCUCAAUGUUUCAUUCAGAACAAAAUGUCUUCCCUUUAAAAAGAUCUCGUUGCUCUAUCAAAGCAUGUUUCAUCUCUCCUUUAAUGUGUUUGUGUGCUGUAGUGUGGUGACAUUGUAAAACUUUGAUUUAGAAAUGGUUUUUAUUUAAAUUAUCGUUUUGUAUGGAAAGUGUUUGCUGAUUUGAGGAUGUGGACAACAGUGAUAGUGUAAUGCAAACAACUGCUGAAUGAUUCAAAUAAACUUAAAAAAUUGUG